UCGCCGCCGCCGCCGUUAGCGAGUAAAAGGGGAGGAGACGCCCCCCUCGUCGUCGUCGCGCGCGGAAGGCUUUAAAGCUCGGCAGCGAGCUGCCCCUGGAUCCUCCUCGGCGGCGCGUCCGGCGGUCCUCUGCUCUUUGAGCAUCCCCCCCCUCGGGGGAUGCGCGGGGACGAUCCCAUCGCAGGCGAAGCCCCCCAGGGGAGACGGGACGGCAGCCCCGGAGACCCCUGCCGCGAGAGUUCCAUCUGCGUGUGUUCCUGUGAAGGCAGAGCUCAGCUGAGAACCGGGCCCCGGUAGAGGACGGGAGGACUUAGCCAGCCCCUGGCCGGUGGGAGGCCUCGGCCGAGGGGAGUGGCCCCGUGCGCCAAGUGCGGGUCCGGACACGGUCGAGCUAGGAGUAGUGCCCGGGGUGGCGGGCAGCCACCGCUUCUUGGUACCCGAUCUGCAUCCCCGGGAGACACAUCACCGGCGUCCAGGGUAGUGCCAUGUGGGGCGGACGCCGCUCGCCCUCCUCCUCCUCCUCCUCCGCCGCCGCCGCCGCCGCCUCCUCGCGGAACUCGGCUUCGCUCCUGCAGCUGCUGCUGGCCGCGCUGCUGGCGGCGGGGGCUCGGGCCAGCGGCGAGUACUGCCACGGCUGGCUGGACGCGCAGGGCGUCUGGCGCAUCGGCUUCCAGUGCCCCGAGCGCUUCGACGGCGGCGACGCCACCAUCUGCUGCGGCAGCUGCGCCUUGCGCUACUGCUGCUCCAGCGCCGAGGCGCGCCUGGACCAGGGCGGCUGUGACAACGACCGCCUGCAGGGCGCCGGAGAGCCGGGCCGGGCGGACAAAGACGGCCCCGACGGCUCAGCAGUCCCCAUCUACGUGCCGUUCCUCAUCGUCGGCUCGGUGUUUGUCGCCUUUAUCAUCCUUGGGUCCCUGGUGGCCGCCUGUUGCUGCAGAUGUCUCCGGCCAAAGCAGGAUCCCCAGCAGAGCCGAGCACCUGGAGGCAACCGCCUGAUGGAGACCAUCCCCAUGAUCCCCAGCGCCAGCACCUCCCGAGGGUCAUCCUCCCGCCAGUCCAGCACAGCUGCCAGCUCCAGCUCCAGCGCCAACUCAGGGGCCAGAGCGCCCCCAACCAGGUCACAGACCAACUGCUGCUUGCCCGAAGGGACCAUGAACAACGUGUACGUCAACAUGCCCACAAAUUUCUCGGUGCUCAACUGUCAGCAGGCCACCCAGAUCGUGCCACAUCAGGGGCAGUACCUGCACCCUCCAUAUGUGGGUUACACCGUGCAGCAUGACUCUGUGCCCAUGACGCCUGUGCCCCCUUUCAUAGACAGUCUGCAGCCUGGCUACAGGCAGGUCCCGCCCUCCUUUGCCCACACUAACAGUGAACAGAAGAUGUACCCUGCAGUGACUGUAUAGCUUUCUGGUCACCAGCGGGACUCCCUUAUGAAUGGAGGAAAACUGGGCUAGAUCCUUGAGGCAGAAGUGUGGGAGUGUUGGUGGUGUGUUUAUGCACUGUUCUCCUGACUUCACUCGCUCCUAAAUUGUACGAGGACAUCUCUCUCCAAGCCACAUUGCUGCAUCCCUGUGAUUCAUGAUGGAAAAACACGUCCACUGGUGUAGCCACCUGUGUUGUGGCAAAUCCUUGAGCCCCAAGUGCCCUUGAAGUGUGGUUGUCAGAAGAAGUUUAUAAUCUGAUAGCAUAAGGGAUUUUAUUAUGCCAUUGUUAUUAGUUCUCUUUUAUUUUCAGCUGUUAUCUCCCUUCUACCUGGCCUGUUAUUUUAAUCAGCUUUCAAGGCUGAAAGGAAGAUGUAAAUAACAUAAUUAUUAUAAAAAAAAAUCUUGAGCUGUCAGAGAUUAGCCAUCAGUCUCAGGCACAUCAUAAUUUCAUUGUAAAAAGAUACAGUUUGUCUAUUUUUUUUGUGCCUUUUGGCAUUUUGUGCUUUUUUUUUUAAACCUCAUGUAGAGAUGUUAUUACAAACUGAUUUUCUGCUCUAAAAAGAGUCUGAAAGAAAUUGUAUAGAUACUUGACUAAUAUUUCCAAGUUUGGGGAUUAUUUUAGUCUUGAAGUAGAGAAUAGUAUCAUAGUUGAACCAUUCAUCCCCUUCUUGAUGGUACCUUUUAAAUUUCUGGCUUUAAGGUGACAUCUGCGAAGUAAUAAGAUAUUUUUAAUAUUGAAGCCAUGUACUACCACAGGCUGCUCUUCAGGUCACUUAAUUUUGCCAAGUAAUAUGUCUGGGGCUUCAUUCUGAUUGGUUUCAGAUCUCCUCAUCUACAUAAUACCAAGGUAGGAUUUACCAAGGUAUAGAUGAGUAUCAGUAUCUUUCUCCCGAUCUGAUAAAAGCAUGUUCUUGUUUUAGUUACAAAAAUACAAAGAACUGUGUUACUAAGAUUCUUAGUGUAGCUCUCAGCCAUUCCAAUAGACAUGGGGUGGAAUUUAAACCCAGACAUGAAUUACUUUGCAAAUCAAGGCUUUUUAUACUCUUUGUUUUUAUCAAAAUGGCUAAUUUUUCAAGCAGUAGGGACUACGAAAUCAAGAGAAAAACUUUUCAGAGAGAUUCUUGCCUUUCCUGUUCUUGCUCUUCAGUCAGUCCUCAAGGAGCACUGUGUUCGUUGACAGUGCCUUAAGUUACCAAAGUCCAACCCUAACCCUACUCCUUAUUCAAAAUGUGCACUGAUUGCUUAUUAAAAAUCUUUAGAUAUGUACAAAUAAAUUUCCAACUGCUAGCAAAACCCAAAUUUGUAAUUAAAUUAUUGUAAAGUUUGGAAUUUUUCACACUUGUAUUUGACAGCGAUCUACUAUUAGGUCUGUCAUCUAGCUGCCGUCUCAUGAUGACAAUAAAUAAUGUUAAGCCACUGUUGGCAAUUGGUAUCAACA